AUGAGCGGAGGAAUAACAAACGAAGAAGAGCAGCGCGAGUGCGCGCAACUCGACGUCGCGUUAACGAGACUCUCUUUACUCGAGGACUCGAAACUGGAGAAGACUUUAUCGAAACUUUUGCCGAUGGUGCUCGCGCAACUGUCCUCGACGCACGCGAGGACGAAAACGAAAACGGUGGAGUUGUUGACGCACGUGAACAAACGAACGAACGGUUUGAAAGAGAUUGAGUUCCCGUUGGAGGGGGUGAUUGAGGUGGUGUUAGGGAAAAGCGGUCGAGAGAACGGAUUGGUGAGGACGUUCGGGAUGAUGUACGCGAAGAAAGCGUUUGAACGGAGCAAAGCGUCGCACGAGACGAAACGACGGUCGGCGGAGAGAUUGUUGGAGGCACUUUUCAGUGCGGAUGGAGGGAUAGAGGACGAGAAGACGGUGCAAGAGGUGAUGAGAGUGGCGGUGGAUGUCAUCGGCGAAGAGAACGUGAAAGAACGAUGGUCGAUUGGGAACAGCGCGAAGUGGAUGUCCAACGCGCGAACGAGGAAACGGUUUUUGCGACACGUUUUAGCGACGGCGCAAUACCAACCGAAUUUGGCAAAGACGACGAGCGGGAGUGGUGUGGACGUGGAGUUGGCGAGUGCGGAGAUGCGAAGAGCGAGAGAGCAGGCGUUUGUGAGCGGCGUAGCGAGGUUGGCUGGGAACGCGAUUCCGUCGGGCGGUGCGGCGGCGCCGGCGGACGAAGAAGACGAAAACAGACCGGGACCCGGAUUGAGCGAAAGUUUAAUGAAGGAGAUUUUAGGCGACGUCGCGGUGAGCGAUAAGGAGGCGCGAAUGAAAGCGCGAGAGUCUGCAUCGAGUUCUAGCGCCGGUCGAUGGCGCAUGGGUGUCGAUUUAAAGUCUUUAGCGGAACGAAAGAAAGCUCUUUUGGAAUUUUUAGCCGAGGCGUGCGUGUACGAGGAAGACAAAAAGGAAAACGAAACAACCGGAGGAGGAGAAGAAGAAGAUGAAAAUGCCAUGCAAGUGGAAUUACUGAGGACGGUGAAGAAAUAUAUCGUAUCUGCGGAAGAACUCUUUCCGAUCGCGUUAGCGGUGGCAUGCGACGCGUCCGAGGCGUGUCGUUCAUACGGCGAGACGGUUUUAAAGAAACGGUGCGGCGUGGACGGCGCGCAUCCGGAUUUAGACGCCGAUAACGAAGCGUUCAUAACGCACCAACUUCGAUGGUUUCUUGGCGAUAGCGAGGAUGUUCCUAGAGAAAUCCGAGUGCAGCCGGCGAGCGAUGAAAUUCGGUCCAAUAUUUUGCGUCGCGUUUUAUCGCGUUCGCAACGCAGCGCGAACUUGUUCCCGCAAAACGUCGAGAUUGUUUCGUCGUCUUUGAAUAAUCCGCGUUCGAAGCAAUUGAGAGCGUCCGGGAUGGAAUUUUCCGCGUGGGUUUUACGGAACGCCGAGAAAGACAUUCUUGAAAAAGCCGCACCAAAACUUCUCGAGACGUGUUUGAUAACUCUCGAUACUUUAGAAACGUCCUCACCGGCUACUAUGACGACAUCGGAACGAAUCCGCGCCAUGGAAUUGAAAGGUUUCUGUUUUCAAUCGCUCGGGCAUCUCAUCGAACGCGCGCCAGAGUUGAUCAAGGCUUCGCAAGAUAUGAUGAUGGCAGAGAGUGCUUCUUCAAAGAGCAGCAUCGACUCGGUCGAGUUCCUCAAGCGCGUUCUUACCGAGAUUGAAAACGAAUACGAUUCACACACUCGAAGUUCUAUCGUUGAGUGUGGACGCGCGUUGUUGCGCGCGUGCGAAGAGGAUUCCAUCGUCAAAGAGGGUGAAAAAUUAGCCAUGGAAUACGUCGUCGCGGAAGUUUUAGAACGUUAUGCCUCUACUACUUUCGCAUCAUCAGAUGCGAAUUAUUCGGAUGCCACUGGUGAGGGUAAAGCUACGCCGCCGGGCGCGAAAUCGGCGUUACUUCUCGCGCUCCGAUUCGCCGGGAGUGAAAAUUGUUUCCGAUUCGAUUCAGUUGCCGUGCGUUUCGCGUGCGCGUUGAACUGCGCGCGUCCUGAGCUGGACAUUCGCGAUGCCGCUCGCUCGGCGCUCAUUUUACGAAAGGAAGGGGAAAUGGAUGGAUAUUCAACCGUUGCGCGCAUGCUCGAUCGAGCGGAAUCAAAGAAUACGCUCCUCGCGAAAGAUCCGCAAAGAGAAGAUGACCAAUCGCCGCUUCCGGAAAAGGUGAUGUUUGCGCUCUUGAAGUUUCUUCGACAAAGUCGUCGAUUUCAUAUGAACAGAGGUGCCGACGAUGCUAGCACCAGCGCAAGUUAUCGACGAUUCUUGAAGCACUGUUUGCUUAGGACGAGUGGACCGAGACUCGCCUCGCUCGCCUUGAUUGAACUUCGCGAUGUUCUGUUUUCGGCGCACAAAGCGGAAGGUUCUUCUUCUAUGGCGAACGAGAAGGAUAAUUAUCAAUACUACCUUCGCGCCGCAAAAUUUUUCUCCGCUACGGACGACGCGAUCACGCGAAAGGCAUCUGCAAAUCUAAUAGGGGCUAUGUUAAAAUUGAACUCGUUCACAGAGAGCGACGUCGAGGCACUCGUUUCCGGUUUCUUGGAGACCGCUUCAAAAGCAGUCGCUUUGAACGAAAGCGACGCGGCGGCAGCCUCUAACUUACGCGCGGAGCUUGCCGACGGUGCUUUGAGAUCUUUGAGUGCGUUGAUAGCUACGGCAACCAAAGAAAUGAAGUCUGCGAGCAUGUUUACACCAGAACGCUACGAGUUAGCGAAGUCCAUUUUUCGUAAGGCUGUACUCAACGUGCCCCGAACAGACGCGCCUUCGAAAGAAGUCAUGCUAGGUAUUUCAGGAUGCGAGUGUUUGGGAACAUUGUUCACUUCGAACAAUAACUUCGUCAUAUCGCACGAUGAUAUUGCUGCGCUGUCGCAAGCCAUGGAUCGCGCAGCGGCUGCACCGAAAGUUGCCGCCUCGGCCGCUUUUGCCGCCGGAUGUGCGCUUCGCCGCGGCGCCACGAUCGCAACAUCGCUCGAUGCCGCGAAACCACUCGUUGAGAAAGUUUUCUCAUUACUCACGGUAAAGAAAGACGACGUUCGAUUUGCAGUAGCGGAUUCUAUAAAGUUCGGGUUUUAUGGCGAAUCUGAUCUCGUUUUGAGCACCGAUAUUGCGAGCGAGGAUGGCGGCGACGCGAGUUUGACGCCGUUUGUCCGCGACAUUGACCGCGAGGUUGAUGAGUUAUUUGAAUCGCCAAAAGAGCCAAAUUCUGAUUCUAUGGAUAUUGGCACUGAAGCGACAACACCCUCUGUGAAAAUAGGUAAUGGUGAAGAGUCAACAGACGCUACCGUUGGUAACCGAAACGCUCUUCGCGAAAUAAUAUUAAAAUAUCUAUUCGACGACGACGGUAAGGAAGGAGAGUCCAAAGUAGGGUUCUUGUUUAGUUCACGCGAAGAGAUUCGGUGUGGCGCAACGGCUGUGCUCUGUUCUCUUGUGAAUCCGUCCAUUUCCUCUGCAUCCAUAGUUUCGGACGACGCGGUUGAUGCGAACGACGAGGACUCGAACGCGAAGAAAGGCACGAAAAUAAACACCAUCCCUUUGCUCGAGUCCCGUUUCGAUGACGCGCACGAAGCGCUCUUAGCGGCACUCGGCGAUACGAAUACUACCACCCAAGAAAUGGCCUCAACUGGUUUAUCCGCGUUAUACGAUCGAGGAGACGAAGCGAGCAAAGCGACUUUGCUCGAAAAUCUCACCAAAGCUUUGAGUGGUGAAACGAGCAAUAAAGGCAAGAAACGCGCGAUGUCGAAAGUCGAGGACGAUACGGUUGUUUUCCAAGACGGUUUAAACUUGACUGGCGACGACGCGUUGAAAGCGAAAGCGAAAGAAAAGAAGACAUUGACUAGUGACAAUGGUGGUGGUGGUGGUGGUGGUGGCAAUGCAGGCGAUUCUAUGUUGAGCACGUACAAAGAACUCUGUUCGGUCGUGUCUGAUAUCGGACAACCCGACUUGUUGUAUAAAUUCAUGGAGAUUUCGAACCACCAGAAGAAAGUUAAUCGCGCCGCCUCUGCGGGUGCUGGUAUCGCUAGAAUUGCAAAGAAAGCGGGCAUGUCGUUAUCCGCGCACAGCGAACAACUCGCACCUCGAUUAUAUCGGUUGCGGAAGGACGUCAAUUUAAACAUGCGAGAAACCGCCGAGGCGGCGUGGCAAACCCUUGUCGCGGCUGAGAAAGAGAAGAAAAGUGAUGAUGACAAUAAAAUGGUUGUCGCUUCUGAUUUAUCGGUGAAAAUGUUCGAUCAAAUUUGCGAACGUCUCCUUCUCGAUUGCUCUUCGCGCGAAUGGCGCGUGCGUCAAUCCGCCGCGGAAGCAUUGGCAGAGUUGUUCUCGAGCGGCGGUGCAGGCAAGACGUUUGAUAUCGUAGAGAAAAAACUCGCAGAGGCAUGGACGAUUGCGUUUAGAGUUGCAGAUGAUAUUAAAGAAACCGUUCGAAUUCGAGGGAUGAUGUUUGUGAAGACGUUGCGGUCGUUAUCGUUACGAUUGACUGAUGCCAAUCAAAUAGGGGAAUCGUUAGCUUCCUCCACGAGGGACGAAAAGAGAAACGUCGCAAAGAAGGCGUGCAUUUUGAUCCUUCCUCAACUUUUCGAGAAAGGAUUAAAAUCGGACUCCUCUGUCGCGAGAGAGCUUUCGUUAUUCGUCGCGUGCGAAAUCCUGAAGAAAGCUCCCGCGGAAGCUUUGAAACCGCACUGCGUGACCGCAGUGGAAGCGCUAUUAGAGGCUCUAUCCACGUUUGAGGAUACGCGAUUGAAUUAUUACGAACAAAGAGUUACCGCGAUGUUCGGAAAUGACACCGACGCUAACGGAAAUAACUCUGUCGUUGAGAACUUUCAAAACGCGCGCGUGCAAGCCAGCUCGAACUCGAUUAUUUCGGAUGCUCUGGACGCGUUCAUUCAACACGUCGAUUUAGAAGAGACGAAAUUGUUAGCUCCGGUGUUUACGAACAUUUUCAAGAAAGGGUUAGGUUUGAACACAAAGGUUGGUGCGGGUCGGUUUUGCGUUCGCUUAUGCGCGAGACGACCAGAUGCAGCGAAAGGCUUUUUUGCCGGUAAGAUUUGUGAAGCGUUACUCGCGUCGCCAGAUGUUCUGAACGGCGUGUCCUCUGGUGGCGCGUCUUCAAAAAUCGUCUUCCGUCAAUACUGCCAAACAUUCGCGACGUGUUUACGUUUUGCUACGCUUAAACGUCAAGAAAAAACAAUCGCAGACGUCUUGAAACUCGCCAACGACGACAGCAGCAACUGUUCGAACCGCGAAGCAGCGGCUGAAAUCAUCUCUGAAAUGGCCAAAGAUUCUCGAGGCGUCGAGUGCUUGAAAGACUUCGAGGAUGAGUUACUUCCGUUGGCAUAUUUUGGAACGUUCGAUGAAAACGCAUCCGUCGCAAAGUGUUGGGAGAGCGCCUGGGAAGAGUUGAGCGGCGGUGGUGCCGGCGCCGCCGGAGGAGGUUCCGCCAUCGGCAAACAUUUUCCAAAUCUUUGGAAUUCUUUCUUGAAGCCACACUUGGAAGGUACAAACUAUUCGCUCAAAUCGCGAGCGGCGAGAACGGUAUCGGCGGCGAUGCAAAGUACGAGUUUCAGUACCAAAGAUGCGUCGAUAAACAAUACGGACGAGAUGAAUGCAAACAAAGAAAAGAUGAUACGCGACAUGUUAGAAGUGCUCUCUAACGAGCUGCGCUCGAAUCGCGCGUUUAAAGGGAAGAAUGAUUUGGCAAUUGCGUUAGGGAACGUGUUGAAAGCGAUGAUUUCCAUGGCGAUGGUUGAAAAAAAUGGAAGUAAUAAAGACGCGUCGUUCGAAGCCUUGAAUCGUUUAACAAAGUGCGUCGAGAGCAAAGACGACGGUUUCGCCGCGGCUGGAGUGCAGGCGCUGAAGAGUUCCCUCGAACAGUUAGUGGCGAGCGGUCCAGGUGAGGAGGAAAACGUCGCGCCGGCGUCGUUCGUGAAGGAUGCAAAGUUUCAGAGUUUCGUCGAGGCGCUCGUUUCGAGUCUUACUGCACGCGUGAGCAGUGGCGUUGAUGGUCGUGAUGCUGGAAUGGGAGAUACAAAUAACGAGGAAAACGACGAAAUGGAAAUGGAUGGUCCCGACGCAGAGAUGGAACGCUUCGAGAAGAACAAAUCGAAAUCGGCGUUCACGGAACGCGCCAUGGAAUGUUUAAGCGUCGUCGGUGAGCUCAAAGACGUUGCCUCCUCGGACGUGCACUCCGCGCUUUACCGCGUCGCCAUCGAACAUUCUGCGCUCGGCAAGCCGUGGCAAACCCGAGUCUCCUCAUUUCGAAUGUUCCGAGGUCUGUUCACCUCCUCUAAAUCAUCAUCAAACGUCGGAGGAGAAAAAUAUAACGACGAGUUUUUGCGAAUUUCGAGCGAAGCGUUGAGCGAAGUCGGUAACAGCGCGCCAGCGGCGUUGAGAAUUGAAACAAUCAAAGCAGUUGGAGCACUGCUUUCGCGAGCGAAAAUGGAAUCGAGUUUGAGUAAACUCAAGGAAUCGUGUGAAUCGAUGAUCAAACUCGCUUUGGAGGAUCGAUCGCCGGACGUCCGACGAGAAGCGGCGAGCGUUUUUGCGCUCGUGUAA